AUGGCGUCUACAAAGAUCAUGGCGGCAAUCAUUGCCUUUAUCUCCUUACUCGUAUUUCCUACUUUUGCUUUGGACCCGUCUUCUAACACCAAUCUCGUCACUUACUGGGGGCAAGGCUAUGGCCAGUCACGGCUGGCUGAAUUCUGUCAGCAGACGGAACAUGAUAUCAUUGUCAUCGGUUUCGUCAACCUCUUCCUCGGCCAAGGAAAGGGUAACUACCCUGCAAGUAACUUUGGAAAUCAAUGCAAUGGCAACACCUGGGAAACCCCAGAUGGGAAGAAGACCGACUUCCAAACAGGAUGCAACUAUAUCAUAGAAGACCUGCCGAAGUGCAAAUCUGCCGGAAAGACGAUCUUGCUUUCCCUUGGUGGUGAGGUAAAGCCUGGCUCCGUUGGAUAUAGUCUCAAUAGCGAUAAAUCUGCUGUUGACUUUGCAGAUUUCCUCUGGGGCGCCUUCGGACCCGUCUCUCCUGAAUGGACUGGUCCUCGACCAUUCGGUGAUACGGCCGUUGACGGUUUCGAUCUCGAUAUUGAAGUCAACGGUGGCGCAUUUUACGCAGUUAUGGUCAAGCGACUACGAAGCUUGUUCACCACUGACCCAUCACAGCGGUACUAUAUUUCUGGUGCGCCGCAGUGUCUUGUCCCCGACACCCAGCUCGGACCUGCAAUCACCCUCUCGCAAUUCGAUUUCAUCUUCGUCCAGUUCUACAACACACCCUUGUGUUCAGCUCGCAGCGCGGUCCUAAACACUGUAGGAACACAGUUCACAUUCGAAGAAUGGGUCAAAUUUGUCCGCAAGAGCGCCAAUCCCAAUGCUAAGAUCUUCAUUGGUCUCCCUGGCUCUCCUCAUCGGGAGUGGCAGCCCGAUGGUCCUUUUGUGAAAAAUGACCAGAACUAUAUCUCGGUACAACAGGCUCGGACGCUUGUUUCGAAAUACAUCAAAAAGUACCCUAAUAAUUUUGGCGGUGUGAUGCUCUGGGACGCUACGACUUCGGACCGAAACCGCAUCAAUGAUCGAAGCUAUGCGUCGCAUAUCAAGGAGAUGUUGAUUGACUGUGGCCCUCCUAGACCAACGACAACUUCCACCUCUGUUAGCAGCACCAAAACUUCUACGUCAAUGACCAAGACUUCGAUGAAGACUACUAGCACUGAGAUGUCCUCGUCGAUGACCACAUCGUCCUCGAAAUCCUCGACGAAGACCUCGACGAUGACUAGCACCAAUACCUCUACAUCAAAGAGUUCGUCUUCCACCAAGACCACCUCAUCUACCAAGGCACCUUCGUCUUCAUCCACCAAGUCGUCGUCGUCUACAAUGGCCACUUCCUCCACCAAGGCGACCUCAUCGACCAGGGUAACUUCAUCGACCAAGGCCACCUCGUCUACCAAGACAACAUCGUCUACCAAAACCACAACCUCCACUCAGACAAGUUCAUCCACCAAGGCCACUUCUUCCACCAAGGCCACUUCUUCCACCAAGGCCACUUCUUCCACCAAGGCCACUUCUUCCACCAAGGCCACUUCUUCCACCAAGGCCACUUCCUCCACCCAGGAAACAUCGUCUACUAAGGCCACUUCAUCCACCAAGGCAGCCUCAUCUACCAAGACAGUGUCAUCUACGAUGGCCACUUCCUCCACCGAGAAAGUCUCGUCUACAAAGUCGUCGUCCACUAAGGUCACUUCUUCCACCAAGUCUACUUCAUCAACUAGGACAGCCUCGUCUACCAAAACAGUGUCAUCUACAAAGGCUACUUCCUCUACCCAGGUAACAUCGUCUACUCAGGCCACUUCUUCCACCAAGACAGUCUCGUCUACCAAGACAAUGUCGUCUACCAAGCCGACGUCGUCCACUAAGGCCACUUCAUCCACCAAGACUGCUUCGUCCACCCAGGUGUCGAGUACGUCGAAAACCCUCUAUCCCACUGGAACAAAUUCGACUCUGUCUUCCGGUGGGAUGAGUUCAACUUUCUUCUCUACCAGUACUUGGAUCUCCAGCGGUGGAAUGCCAACUGUCAUCACCACCUCAAUGUUCCCCAAUACUACCUCAACACGUAUUGAGACAAGAACCCCAACGACCUCUGAUGUUAUAACUACGCGCACCCCAACAUCCUCCAUGCACCAGACUAGCUCUAUGCACCGGACCUCCUCUACGCACCAAACCACCGGCGUAACGACGUCACUUCCAACUCGUAUUACUACGUCAAUGGUUACCGGGUCCUCGUCAUCUGGCACAGGACGUCCAACUGUCACAUCCGUGAUCAUAACAUCAUACACGUCUGUCUGCCCCACUGGAAUCACCACAGUAACAACAUCAUAUACCACAACCUAUUGCCCUGAGACGGGUCAUCCAACCACCGGGCCAGCUUCUGAGCCAACCUCUCCGGGAGCUCCAGGCACAGGCAAUACUCCACCCCCACCCGGGAUGGAAUGGACUACAACCGUCACUGUGUGCACCAAAUGCGCUUCCACCGCUACUACCAUGACUCUCGUUAUUCCAGUCAAGACCCCAGCAUCGGAGCCAGUCAUCGUCGGACCAACAGUGACUGUGAUCCCCACGCCUGUGUCUAGCAAUAAACCCGAAAAACCAACCACGUUGUCUAGUGUUUUUACUACUCCCUAUCCCACCAAGCCCAACCACCCAGGUGAUAGCAGUGGGGUGCCAUAUCCUUCCGGAACAGGCAGCAACACAGUGGUUAACCCCUCAUCUACGGGCCCUUCCAUGCCAGUAUACACUGGCGGAGCCGCGUUGCCAUCAUUUUCGGUCGCGACGAUGGUGUUUGGGGCAUUCGCGUUUUAUGCAAUGAUGGUAUGA